AUGAGUUCUCACAUAACUUCCCUUCAGCCUUUGUUUUGCGAUAGACUUCCGUUGUCACCAAAGUCUCAGCCAUCUUCCGUCACCGCCUACAUCUUAGCCAUCUCCCGUCUCCGACCUCUCGGCCACAUCUCGUCGCCGCCUAUUCUCAGUCAUCUCCCGUCUCCGACGUCUCAGCCACCUCCCUUCGUCACCGACACUACCGCCGCCGCUACCGACGAUGUCUCAGCCACCUCCCGUCGCCUCCUACGUCUCAUCCAUCUUCCAUCCCCGACGUCUCAGCCACCUCCCGUCGCCACCUACGUCUUAGCCAUCUCCCUUCUCCGACGUCUCAACCACCUCCCUUCGCCGCCGACGUCUCAGUCACCUCCCGUCGUCGACGCCCCAGUCACCUCCCGUAACCGACGUCUCAACCAAAUCUCGUCGCCGACGUCUCAACCGUCUUUGUUGCCUAGCUUCCACUCUUUAAAAUCGACUCCCGCCGCCGCCGAUGUUUCAGUCACCUCCGUCGCCGCCUACGUCUCAACCACCUCCCGUCUCCGAUGUAUCAGCCACCUCCCGUCGCCGCCUACGUCUCAGCCAUCUCCGUCUCCGACGUCUCAACCACCUCCCUUCGCCGCCUACGUCUCAACAUCUUCCGUCGCCGACUUCUUAGCCACCUCCCAUAGCCGACGUCUCAGCCACCUCCAGUCGUCGACGUCUCAACCAUCUUCGCUGUCUAGAUUCCACUGUUUAGACUCCCUCCGUCGUCGACGUCUCAACCACCUCCCAUCGCCGCUUAAGUCUCAGCCAUAUCCCGACUCCGACGUCUCAGCCACCUCCCAUCGUCGCCUACGUCUCAGUCAUUUCACGUCUCUAACGUUUAAGCCACCUCCCUUCGCCGCCUACGUCUCAGUCAUCUCACGUCUCCAAUGUCUUAGUAUUGUUCAUAGCAUUUAA